UUGAAGAAAUAUAAUAUCCACCUACUGAGACCAGGCAGCAGAAGUAGAGUCGCUCGCAGUUUUCUCGUAAUUUGAUAGUUGCAAAAACUAAAAAUAAGAAAAUGAGGGAGAUCGUUCAUUUGCAGGCCGGCCAGUGUGGAAACCAAAUUGGCGCCAAGUUUUGGGAGGUUAUCAGUGAUGAGCACGGUAUUGACCCCACGGGAAGUUACCAUGGCGACAGUGACCUCCAGCUGGACAGGAUCAAUGUGUAUUAUAACGAAGCCACAGGAGGAAAGUAUGUGCCGCGUGCUGUUCUGGUGGACCUAGAACCUGGGACCAUGGAUUCUGUGAGGUCUGGACCUUUUGGGCAGAUCUUCAGGCCAGACAACUUUGUCUUUGGGCAGAGUGGAGCUGGUAACAACUGGGCGAAGGGGCACUACACAGAGGGUGCAGAGUUGGUGGACUCUGUGCUGGAUGUGGUGAGGAAGGAGGCAGAGAGCUGUGACUGCCUACAGGGCUUCCAGCUGACACACUCCCUGGGUGGGGGCACUGGCUCAGGCAUGGGCACCCUGCUCAUCAGCAAGAUCCGCGAGGAGUACCCCGACCGCAUCAUGAACACCUUCAGCGUGGUUCCCUCUCCUAAGGUGUCCGACACCGUGGUGGAGCCCUACAACGCCACGCUCUCCGUGCACCAGCUAGUGGAGAACACAGACGAGACCUACUGCAUCGACAACGAGGCUCUGUAUGACAUCUGCUUCCGCACGCUGAAGCUGACCACGCCCACCUAUGGUGACCUCAAUCACCUGGUGUCGGCCACCAUGAGCGGCGUCACCACCUGCCUGCGUUUCCCCGGCCAGCUCAAUGCUGACCUCCGCAAGCUGGCUGUCAACAUGGUGCCCUUCCCUCGUCUUCAUUUCUUCAUGCCCGGCUUCGCUCCCCUCACCAGCAGGGGUAGCCAGCAGUACCGUGCCCUCACUGUGCCCGAACUCACCCAGCAGAUGUUCGAUGCCAAGAACAUGAUGGCAGCCUGCGACCCUCGACAUGGCCGCUACCUGACCGUGGCUGCUGUCUUCCGAGGCCGCAUGUCCAUGAAGGAGGUGGACGAGCAGAUGCUGAACGUGCAGAACAAGAACAGCAGCUACUUCGUGGAAUGGAUCCCCAACAACGUCAAGACGGCCGUCUGCGACAUCCCGCCCCGCGGCCUCAAGAUGGCCGCCACCUUCAUCGGCAACAGCACGGCCAUCCAGGAGCUCUUCAAGCGCAUCUCCGAGCAGUUCACCGCCAUGUUCCGCCGCAAGGCCUUCUUGCACUGGUACACCGGCGAGGGCAUGGAUGAGAUGGAGUUCACAGAGGCCGAGAGCAACAUGAAUGACCUGGUGUCUGAGUAUCAGCAGUACCAGGACGCCACUGCGGAGGAAGAGGGUGAAUUUGAGGAAGAGCCUGAGGAAGAACUGGCUUAAUUGGUCCCCUACUCUCCCUACUAAACCAUUCUUCUGUGAAGCAUCUUUCGUUCUUUUUCACUGUUAAGAUUAUAGAACCCCAAUAGUGGAGACUCAUUGUCAACCUUCAACUGUCAUGUUGUAGUAGUGGUAACACUAAAUAAAAACCUAUGCAUUGUGUAA